GAGUAAAUAGGUGUGGAAACAACAACAUAGACCCACCAUUUCCCCAGACAAGUACCAAAACCCUUUUAAGAAAAAAACCUAAAACCCUAGCACCCUACCCCACCUGCUGAAGAAUUAAAGGAAGAAGAAGAUGAAACCCUAGCAUGGCGAUCUCUGUGAGACGUGCAUUUUCGUAUAGAAGCAUUCUUCUUCUCCAUUGUCGUCACCUCUCUCAUAUUAUCCACUCUCCCAGUCUCACGGGAUCACCCUCUCUAAACCCUUCCGCUUCCUCCGCACUCGAUUUUCUCAGAGAAAGCCGCCGAGGUUUCGCCAAAGGAAGGAAGUCAAAGGAUAGUGAUGCUGGGAAUACAGUUGAAGUUGUGCCAGAUAUUGGGCCAGCUGUUAAGGAAAAUGCUAUGUCACAGAUGGACGCAGCAGUAGUUGCGUUGUCGCGAGAACUAAGUAAAUUACGAACAGGAAGGGCAUCUUCAGGGAUGCUUGACCACAUUAUUGUAGAAACAGGUGGUGUGAAGAUGCCCUUGAGUCGGUUAGCUGUUGUUUCAGUGCUAGAUCCAAAAACCCUAUCAGUAACUCCUUAUGAUCCAGAUGCUCUGAAACAAUUAGAGAAUGCUAUUGUUUCAUCUCCAUUGGGUUUAAAUCCUAAAGCAGAUGGUGAACGACUGAUUGCAGUUAUCCCACCAUUAACCAAAGAGCACAUUCAGGCUAUGUGCAAGGUUGUUGCCAAAUCUUGUGAAGAUGUCAAACAAAGUAUAAGAAGGGCUCGCCAGAAGGCAUUGGAUACAAUAAAGAAAGCAGGUUCAAGUUUACCCAAAGAUGUUGCUAAAAGAUUGGAGAAAGAAGUUGAUGAGUUAACUAAGAAAUUUGUUAAGUCAGCGGAGGAUAUGUGCAAGGCAAAGGAGAAGGAGAUUGCUGAAGGCUAAAUAACAGUCAGUAUUUAUCGAUUUCUUGUGCAAUGUAACCAACCUUUAUGAAACCAGUCUUUUUGAUAGAUUUACGCACAAGGUCAAUAAAUUUUUAGAUGGAUCACUAUCUGUACUGGAGCCAAAGAUUAAACAUGAGCAAAAAAUGAUCCAUUGAUUUUUGAAGCCGAAGAGAGUUUGUACUGAAAUCAUGUGGAAUGUUAUUUUUGUUGGAUUUUAUUUUUUCAUCA